AAAUUAGACAUCUCGCAAUCCACAUCCACAAUCUACAAUGGGCGUGGCGAGCGGAGAAUCAUUGUGGACCUGCGGCGUGUUAUAAAAGAGGGACAAAGGGAUCGCCAUGGCUCCUAAGUUCUCCCCUUUGUCUUAAAAUCGUUGCGCAUAGCAGCAUAGUAUACAUUGCAUCCAACCCAACUUGCAACACUUGCAACUUCUGUACCGCGCCAUCCAGCUACCCUGAUGGACUCGUUAUCAACAUAUUUGGAAAUAUUUUUGCAGUCACCACCGGACUUGCAUGAGUCCACAGACGACGCACCCUGCCCUAUUGACGAGGAACAUUAUACUUCUGGGCAAACCGUGUUUGGGCAAGGCGGGUUUUGCACUAUAUCAUAAUCCUUUUUAUGCGACACUGCUGGCUUUCUACUGCCUUUUUGGUAUGAUUCAAUACACUCUUUGUCCUGCGCUCGCUGCUCGUGCAGUAUUGUCUAUUCAUCGAUCUUCUUGUACCAUCCUUUACUUCACCACUUCGUUCAUCUUGUCGUCUGCAUCUCUGGGGAUGUGUGGUGGCUCCUAUGUAAACUCCCGGCUUUCUACAACCUCUGUUUGGUACGAUAUGAUUCCCUCUUACGCGAUGGACUCAUUACUCAUUUUCGACAUUCGUGCACUCCAGCUACUUUUCGUCUUGAACUCUUGCUUUUCUCAAGAUUGUGGUUCUAUCUAUCAUUAUUUCUUACUUGCAUC